GGAGGAAAGGAGCGGGGGGGUGUUCUGCUGAAAUAAUGCCCCGGCUGUCCUGUUGUACCACACUCCUGCUCCCUGAGCUGCCCAGCACAGAGACAGGCUGGUGAAAGAGGGGAACUGCAGCAGAGCAGGAAACAGGAGCCCGCUCCGAGAGCUGCUCGGAGAACCAGCUGAACGAGGACGGACCCGUCUGUGUGAUUUACCAUGACGACUGAAUCAGGCGCAGACUCGGAGGCCAAGCAGCCCCAGGAGAAAAAGGAGACAGGGAAGGGGAAAGCUAAAGCAGCAGCCCAGCCCACCUCACCCCAGAACCACCCGGAGCAGCUCCCAGCCGCUGCCGGGCACAGCACCCCCGCCAGGAAAGAACAGCAGAAGGAAGAAGAUCAGGAGUCCCACAGGUCGUCCACCAGCCGUCUGUCAAAAUCUCCUUUGAGAGGAGUGAAGAAGGUGAAGAUCAUGCAGUGUAAGGUCACUCUGCUGGACGGCUCCGACUUCACGGUCAGCGUGGAGAAACGAGCCAAGGGCCACGUGCUUUUUGACAAAGUAUGUGACCAUCUAAACCUACUGGAGAAGGACUACUUUGGCAUCACGCACCGAGACGUAGAGAAUCAGAAGAACUGGUUGGACCCUACCAAAGAGAUGAAGAAGCAGAUCAGAGCUGGUCCCUGGAACUUUGCUUUCAGUGUGAAGUUUUACCCCCCAGACCCCUCACAGCUGACUGAAGACAUCACCAGAUACUACCUGUGCUUGCAGCUGAGGGAUGAUAUCGUUUCGGGUCGCCUGCCUUGCUCGUUUGCCACCCACACGCUGCUCGGCUCCUACACGGUGCAGUCUGAACUGGGAGACUACGAUCCUGAAGAAAUGGGCAGCGAUUACAUCAGCGAACUGCGCCUCGCGCCCAACCAGACUAAAGAACUUGAGGAGAAAGUCAUGGAGCUCCACAAAACAUACAAGGGGAUGACACCAGCUGUAGCAGAGAUGCAUUUCUUGGAAAAUGCCAAAAAGCUGUCCAUGUAUGGUGUCGACCUUCAUCACGCUAAGUUGGUAGGGAAUCUCUAUGAAAGCUUGGCUCCAGCUGAGGGAGAGGACUCUGAGGCUGUGGAGAUAAUGCUGGGAGUUUGUGCAAGUGGUCUCCUCAUCUAUAGAGACAGGUUGCGGAUUAACAGAUUCGCCUGGCCCAAAAUCCUCAAAAUCUCCUACAAGAGGAACAACUUUUAUAUCAAAAUCCGUCCCGGCGAGUUUGAGCAGUUUGAAAGCACAAUUGGUUUCAAACUCCCAAACCAUCGCGCUGCCAAAAGACUAUGGAAGGUCUGUGUGGAGCACCACACCUUUUUCAGGCUGGUGUCUCCAGAGGCUCCCCCAAAAAAGUUCCUGAGCCUAGGAUCCAAGUUUCGCUACAGCGGCAGAACGCAGGCUCAGACUCGCAGGGCCAGCGCUCAGAUCGGCAGGCCGGCCCCGUUGUUCGAACGCUCCUCCAGCAAACGCUACAACAUGUCCCGCAGCUUAGACGGAGCUCCCAUCAUGGAGAACCACGAGACUCCAGCCAAGGAUGGGAGCAUGGACGGGGCAGCCAGAGUCAUUGCCAAGGAGGACAUCAUCACCACGAUAACGACGGAGAGAAAGGCAGAGGAGGAGAAGGCAGAGCAGGAGGAUUUUCUGAGAGACACGACAGAACCCGCUCCAACGACACCGCUCAGAUACGACACAAAGCGCUCCCCUCAUCUGUACACAUGCGACCCCCUCCGCUCUGAGCGUUCGCUGCCCUCAUCUCCCGUUUCAUCAAACAAAGUGCGGCGCAGGCGCAGGGAGAGCCAGCGGGCCUCGUCCGUCAGCCCGGCCAAGAGCGGCGCGGGUCGCUGCCGGCGGCAAGCCCGCGCCGAGCACAAGGCCGCCCUGUUGAAGGAGCAGGCGCUGCUGCUGUCGGCCCGCAGGCAGAGGCUGGAGCAGGGGAAGCGCCACGGCGGCACUCUCUUCUCGUUCUCCCUGCACCUGCCCGACCUGUCCUCCAUCCUGGACGAGGAUGGCUACCUCACCUUCCCCGAUCUGUCCGAGAUGCGCUUCCUCCCCGAGUGUGCGCAGAGCUUCCUGCCCAUAAAGUCACCGUCYCUCAUCCCCUGCUUCCUCUUCAUCUUCUUCUUCCUGCUGUCUACUUCCUUCUCCGUCCCCUACGCCCUCACCCUGUCCUUCCCACUGGCGCUGUGCCUCUGCUACCUGGAGCCCAAGGCAGCCUCCCUGACCGCCUCCAUAGCCCAGAGCUACCAUGAACAUGACAGUUCAGAGGAAGAGGAGACUGACAGCGAGCACACAGACUUUGCCUUUGAUGGAGAGAUGACUGCCACAGAGUCGGAAGCAGAUGAGGACUCUGAGAUGCGGACUCAGUAUAGUUUCAUAAGACGAGUAAAAGGGGAAAACGUUUUUAUCAGACAUAGUAAUCUGAUGCUAGAGGACACAGAGCCACCCCCCGAGGUGGUCAAGCACCAGACCAACGUCAGCGAACUGAAGCGCUCCUUCCUAGAAACGGGCGGCGGCAGCAGCGGCGGUGUGCCGGGUCUGACAGAAUGGGAGAAGAGACUCUCCUCGUCGCCUCUACGCUCACCCAGAGGAGACGAAGCACCGAUGAUAGAGCCGCUGGAGCCACAGGAUACUAAAGAUGAGCAGCCAACUGGAGAUGAGAAAAAAGAGGAGGUGGGACCUAAAGGCAUCACGUCUACGCUGGGAUGGGUUUUCUCCUCUGAAAAGGCAUCAGCUGAUCAGGAGGAGACGGCGGUGCUCGGCACAGAGACGGAGACAGUGCCAGCCAAGCAAAUGAGUCCUGACAGCGUGGAGGCGGCUGCCAAAGACAUGCCAGUGGUCCACACAGAGACGAAAACCAUCACCUAUGAGGCUGCGGAGGUUGACACCAACGGUGACGCAGACCCCGGGGUGCUGCUGAGCGCUCAGACCAUCACCUCGGAAACCACCAGCACCACCACGACCACACACAUCACAAAGAUGGUGAAAGGAGGAAUCUCAGAAACGAGAAUCGAGAAGAGGAUCGUCAUCACAGGAGACGCAGACAUCGACCACGAUGAGGCCCUGGCUCAGGCCAUAAAGGAGGCUAAAGAGCAGCAUCCUGACAUGUCAGUGACCAAAGUAGUCGUACAUAAAGAGACAGAGAUCACACCAGAGGAGGGUGAGGAUUGACCCAGGAAUAACACGGAGGGGCUGUUUUCCACCCAAACCUCCCAGAAGCUCCAACACACUUAACUCUACGUCGGGACUCCGAGGGGGAAGCCCCGCGCUCCAAACGCUGCAGCUCGCUGCUACACUCACAAACAUCUCCCGCAACACCAAUAAAUGCAUUCUGCAUGAGAAGGACGCAAAGCUGAAUUAUCCACCAAAUGAGAAGAAAAUGCAGAAAACUGUCUAAUUUUUUUUUUGUUGUUGUUUUUAAGUCUCGAUCCGUCUGCACGCCCAGUCCCUGCGUGCAGCAAAGCAAACCGUUUGCUUUCACUGCCUUAUAUGACUUGGACGCGUUUUUAUGAUUACUGAAAAAUAAUUAUUGUAGCAACGUUUUUAUUUAUGAGAUAAAGAAGCCAUCACUCCAGAAACUUGUAAUUGCUGUAGGCUGUGUAUGUUAGAGAGCCAACACUAUGUAACCUCGCUGUAGAAGUGCCRACCUCGUCUGCAAACACAAGCAUUGCUUCACUCCUUUCAACAGCCUAAUGAUUUUUCCAUCAGGUGUGCCACUACAGAUACCUGCACCUCAGCACUGUACAUAACAAAGCUUCCUGGGGACAAAUGCCUCCCGAUCUGUUAAGAUUGAUUCGUGUCAUGUGUGUCUGAAUUGCAUUCAUUUCAGUUUUUACUGUAAUUUCAGCGUUUUUGUUCUUGUUUGUCAUCGGUCGCUCACAGCCACUGUCAUGGUCUGUUCUGGCUGAAAGCCGAAAAAUCAAUAAACAGAUGUUUAAUUUAUGUGCCUGCGCAGGCUUUGAAUGUUCUCCCAGGGUUGAAGAUCGGCUGCAGCACAAGUCCCACGUUUUGUGCGACUGUGAGGCAAAGGGCUCCGACUGCCGGGUUCUGCCCCCCAAACAAGAUCCAAAGCCAGCCCCACGUGUCGGCUGUUCGUCUCCCUCAUCACUUCAAAUGUACCUGCCUCGUGUUCGGCCAUGUUUCCCACAAAGUGGUGGCAAAUGCUUUUAUCUUAAUUUGCUGUUUUCCUCUACAAAUAAUAAAGUGACUACAGUACAAAUA